AUGGCUGCUGGUCGAUCACUUGUCAUUGUCAUUACUGGUGCCAGUCGGGGCCUUGGUGCCGGAAUGGCAGAAGUCUAUCUGAAGCAAGGACACAAGCUUGGCCUCUGUGCUCGAUCCUCCAAACCAUCAGCAUCCUUCUAUUCUGAGUCGUCCUUUGAUGAUCAUCUCCUCUACCAAUCUGUCGACGUAUGUGACGAACAUGCAGUUGGCUCUUUUUUGGAUGCCGUGGUGGAGAAGUUUGGUCCAAUCGACAUGUGGAUCAAUAAUGCUGGAAUCUUGGAUCCGAUACAACCCAUUCGUAACAUGUCCUAUGAAGACUUUGAUCGGAACAUGCAAAUCAAUUUGGGGGGCGUCUUUAAAGGGACCAAGGCCUACAUCAACCAUGUUCGGUCACAACCACAGUCCACACCACUAAAAGACGCAACCUUGGUGAAUAUAUCCAGUGGCGCUGCUCAAAAAGGAUAUGCUGGCUGGGGUGCCUACAGUUCUGGUAAAGGAGCGGUUGAUCGUUUGACGGAAUCCGCCUUUUUGGAAGAAACGGAAGACUCGUCGUCAUCCAACACCAACUUUCGUGCCUAUGCCAUAGCACCGGGUGUCAUUGAUACGGAUAUGCAAGUCAUGAUUCGAUCCAGCUCCAAGGAGGAUUUCCCAAUGCUUGACAAGUUCAUCUCUAUCAAGGAGAAGGAUUCUUUCAAUUCGAUUCCCUUUGUGGCAAAGAAUAUAUUGGAACUAGCUCUCAAGGAAGGUCCACAAACGCUUCCUGUUGUCCAACGAUUUCCAAAUGAAAAAUGA